AUGGCCGACGAAGCAGCUCGCGCUCACGCCGCUGAAGUGGCGCGCGCUCAAGAAGAAGGAAGAGAUCCACCUCCUCCUCCUCCUAACCCUGCUGGAGAUGUGAAUGCACAACCCCAAGCGGAGCACCUACAAUCGGAGACUAUGACUCUGCCGAUGCUUUCUUCAUGGAUAGAAACCCUAUCCAUCCACCACUUCCUGCAAGGAAUGACUAUGAGAUCAAGCCUCAGAUCAUUGCAUUGGUUAGACAGAACCAAUUCAAUGGCCUUCCAGCUGAGCACCCUCUUGAUCACAUAG